GAUCAAUGAACCAGGCGAUUUACCGAAACUGGUCAGACGAGCUAAGGUGGGAGUGAAAUAUCUAUCAAGAGCGAGGUUUUUUAUUUAGAAGAAACCUUUAUCUAUUCAGAGCACGGAUUAUCACUUCACUCCGAAGCCACGACUGAAGUGUGCGAUGUGGAAAAUUUACAGCUUAUUACUGUAACCUGAUAUCAACUGAUUUUGAGAGUAGAUUUUUUAAUUCAUCAUUGGUUCACAUUAACACAGUGGAAUACAGGAUGAUCUUCGCAAACACGACCAACCCAAUGAGAACUCCGUCAUAUCGAAAGCAGCCUCCAGUGGCUCCACCCACCCUCCCGAUGGCCCCGCCCAGCCCGAGCACCAAUAGCAGCACCAACAACAGCAGUAGCAGCAGCACAACCGGCUGGGAGCAGCUCAGCAAAACAAACCUCUACAUCCGCGGGUUACUGCCAGGAACCACUGAUCACGACCUGGUCAAGCUCUGCCAGCCAUAUGGUAAAAUCGUGUCCACCAAAGCCAUUCUUGACAAAACUACAAACAAAUGCAAAGGGUAUGGUUUUGUGGAUUUUGACAGUCCUGUGUCCGCACAAAAAGCCGUCGCAGCACUAAAGUCCAAUGGAGUCCAGGCUCAAAUGGCCAAGCAACAGGAGCAGGACCCGACUAACCUGUACCUGUCCAACCUGCCCGUGUCCAUGGAUGAGCAGGAGCUGGAGAACCUCCUCAAACCUUUUGGACAGGUCGUCUCCACCCGAAUCCUCCGGGACACUAAUGGAGUGAGUCGGGGAGUGGGUUUUGCCAGGAUGGAAUCAACAGAGAAGUGCGACGCCGUGAUCUCUCACUUCAAUGGGAAGUUCAUUAAGUCCUCCUCUGGGAUGCUGGGUGCAUCAGAACCUUUGCUGUGUAAGUUUGCUGACGGCGGGCAGAAGAAGAGACAGAGUCAGGCGAAAUACAUCCCCAAUGGACGAACCUGGACACGAGACGCCGAGGUGAGACUAAGUGGAAUGACCUUGACCUAUGACCCUAACACUGCCCUUCAGAAUGGGUACUAUGCUGCUCCUUAUGCCAUGGGGAACCGGUUAAUGGCUCAGCCAGGAAUGUCCCCAUACAUCUCUCCCAUCUCUACAUACCAAGUCCAGAAUCCUUCAUGGAUGCCACAUCAGCCUUACAUCAUGCAACACCCGGGAGCCGUUCUGUCUCCCUCUAUGGAGCAUCCCAUGUCACUGCAGCCCUCUGCUAUGUUGGCUCCCCUCACCCAGCAGAUGGGCCAUCUCACUCUGGGCGGCACUGCAACCUUUAUUCCUGCCAACACAGCAAUGCCAGGAGCUUACAUCCCUCAAUAUGCCCACAUUCAGCCCUCUGCCAUCCCUCCUGAGCAGGAAAGUGGUGUCCAGCCACAAGAUGUGUCUUCUUCAGAUCCUUCAUUGUACCCUUUCCAACCAAACAAGCAAUAAAACGGUUAACCGUCUGUGGUCCGCAGAAUACCGUAACAACAUUUGCUCUCUUUUAGAGGAAGUGACAUCAGAAAGGAAGUGACGCUCAUGCACGGGUUGCAGGAAAUUUGUCCAUGAUUUAAUCAUCAACAAGAAACCUCAGAAAACUCUUGUGCAAGCAUUUUCUCCAACAAAUCAAGACAAGGCAAUAUUACAUCAACUAUGGACAACGGGAGGGAGCAGAGUUUUAUUUUGCUUGAAAGAGGAAGGAGAAGAUGACAAAUGCUUAUUUUUUACCAAGAACUAUUAACACAGACCAUGUCUGUGAGCAACAUUGAGUGAUGAUGAUAAUGGUGAUGACACCUUUCGAUGCAUGAUGUUUAUUAUUUUUUUUAAGUAUGGUUUUUAUUAAGUUUUUAUGGACUGUUUUUCAAACAGACAAAAGAAACCAUUUUUGCGGUUGGAGUUGAAAUGAAGAGCUUUCUGUUUGCUUUUUUGGUCUUCCACUCUGGCUUUUUAGUAGUUCAAAUAUUAACCUUUUAAAUAAGGUGGGUGGGGUUUAGAAUGGCUGAUGCAGUGCUUGAUGGCUAUUGGUCCUUGCUCCUGUCUCUCAAAGCAAAGGCUUUUCUGACUUUUAAUGUUGCUCUGAAUCAAACACGUUUGUUUCAGGGAUUGUGUGUCUGGUGUGGAUGAAUCUUCUUUCCACAGAAUCCUAUGUACAGUCUUUUGGUAGAUGUAGAAGUGUAUGUUGAGACGCAGGUGAGUGGGUGGGGUUUAGUGGGAGGCGGGUUUGAGUGGGUGGGAUCAAGCUAGAUGAGGUAUAUAAAAGGGAUGUUGUGGAUUUGGGAAAGCUCACAUUGUUCCUUCUGUUCACAGGAUGAUUGUGAUUUUAUUUACAGUGCCAUUUUUUUUAUUUAUUUAACAUUUUUUCUUUUUUUUUAACACAUCAGGAUUUUAUUUGAUGCUUUUUAAAAAGGCAGAAGUGCAAUGUUUCUUUAGAUAGAAAGCAAGAAACUAUACAAAUUUAACUGUUUAAUAGACUUUUCUCAAGUCAAUUAAAGAAAUUUAACUUUUUUUUUUUUUUUAAAUCCUUGAAAUAUCAGUAAUGCCAUUUAUUAUGUAAAUUAAACCUACAUCUGAGGCCUAACAGAUACAUUUAUAGACAUACAGUAGCACAGUUUUGCAAAGAUACGUUCCAAAAGAGAAACUUCAAAAAGUUUUUGAAUAAAUAAUGUAAUUAAAACAUUCGUCCUUGCAAUUUAAUAAAUAAAUGUGCAGCUUCAAGGCACCUACUUUCCACCAAAGACCUUUUCUGCCUACUAUUGAACACAAUAGUAUGGACUAUUGCUAUAGGUUUCGAUCAAACUGAAUUGUAGUUUGUGUCUUUUUUUCCCUCAAUCUUGGCUCUCAGCUUUAAUCUAGUUCAUUAGUGUGGACAUAUGAUCAUCUCUAAGCAGUUGGACGGAGGGAAAACUUGAUCACAUGUUCAUAACGCGGUUGUAAACAAGCCUUUCAUCUGUCUGUCAUACAGUUAGUUAAUCAGAUUUCUGUGUCUGUGUGUGGUUGUGUAUUUAGAUGUCCAGGUCAGCUUGGCCUUUGAUCUACCUCAGAGUUGUAUCUGUUGUCUGAUUGGUCAGGCUGCGGGUCUGUCCUGUCCAAUCAGAUGUAUAAGCACCAGCUCAGGAGCUGGUGUCAUGCAGAACUUCAUCUUUAUGCGUCUAUUUGUCCUCCUCUUUAAAGAAACUUAUGUUUGGUAUCUGUAUGUCUUUCUGUUGGUGUUUUUUUUUUUUUUUUUUUUUUGCAUUGUGAUGUUUUGAGCUUGACUGAGUGGAGAAUUUCUUUAUGGUCUUUUUUUGUCCAUUUUCUUCCUGAUAGGUGCAGCAAAAAAGGAGAGGCUUGUUUAAUUUUUCCUGCAUUUUUUUGGUCUUUUUACAAAAAUCCGCAUUAACUACCUUGUCUGGAUUUUUUUUUUCAGUUUGCUGCAGCCUCUCCAUGUUUAGAGGCCUAAUCUGAAGAACCAAAGUGAAAUUAUCAUAGUGAAUAACGUGUUUCAAAAAGCAGCACAUCGUAGUUUCAUUGGAGAAAUAGUGUCUUUUAUUUCAGAUGUCAAAAUAAAGGCUUCCAAACUGCAAUCAUCCACACAGUGUAUAAACAGGACUGUUGUUGAAAUACUGAAUUGUUUUAAUUGUUUUAUUGAACACCAGCCACUUGCACGUCCAUGAUUAGUUUGUUUUUAUUUCUUUAUUUUUUUUUUCUGUUGUGAAAAGAAAAGAUUUUUGAAUUAAAAGAGCAAAACGUG